UCCUAGCGAGAAGCUCCUCCGCAGCCGACAUCCGCUGUAAGGGGAAACCUCAAUGAAAUUCAAGAACAAAUCUUGGCCAGAAUUAACGUUUGUACAGCGAGCGUGAAGUGAAGCUGAAGACAGCGCCGAUCAGGGCUUUCAUCAAGACUUUAUUUUGGGGGCACUUUUAAUAUUAACGUCCCCCACCCCCCACCCCUAAGGCUUUCCCGUCACUUUUCUUCACUGAAGACAUCGACAUAUUCUUAUUCUUAUCUAAAGAUAAUUAUCAAAAGAUAUAUUUUUAUUUUUUUUAUUUUUUUAAACGAAGACAGUCUGAACAGUUGUUUCACACAGUAUUUGACUUUCUUGGACUGCUGCAGACUUUAUUCGUGGGCUGAAAUCUCGCAGUAAAUCGCCUGGACCGCUCGUGUAUGUGAUUGGUUUAACAAGUACCUUUAUUCUUCAGUGAGAGAUCAUGGAGCGCGACUCUACCGCGGGAGGGGCGGAGGACCUGCUCCUGGAAGACACAGUUUCAAAGCUGCGUGCAGGAUCACUUCACAAACACGAACUAGCUGAGGCCAUGGAAGUGGAACAGGAAGGACUGGUAGAACAUCAGCCUCUGGAGCAGGAUGACCUUAACUUUGAGAAAUGGAAGCCCAAGCCAAAGCCUAAGAGGACGCUGCAUGAGAAAAUCGACGACAUAAAGACUUACCUGUGGAACGCAGAGACUAAGGAGUUUAUGGGCCGCUCGGGGAAGAGCUGGAGCCUUAUUCUGCUCUUUUACUCAGCAUUAUACAUUUUCCUUGCGGCCAUGUUUGCUGGUUGUAUGUGCUGCCUGAUGUGGUCAAUUAGUCCAUAUGCUCCCACCUACAAUGACAGGGUGAUGCCACCAGGCAUGACAAUGUUUCCUCAUGUCGAUGUAGCUCAUGGGUUUGACGACAUUGCUUUCAAUGCCUCUGACCGAAGCUCGUGGAGGAAGUAUGCGAAAGCACUAGAAGCCCAUCUGAAACCCUAUGACGAUGGAGUGCAGGAUAGGCGGAACAAUAACUGCGAGGGAAAUACGUAUUUCAAGCAAGAUGACUUAGAGGAGAGUGCCGAGCGCAAGGCAUGUCAGUUUAAGAGGUCCUGGCUGGGUGAAUGCUCCGGGCUGAAGGACAGAGAUUUCGGCUACUCGAAGGGAAAACCCUGCAUCCUCGUCAAAAUGAAUCGGAUUCUCGGGUAUCUGCCUGGUCAAGGCACACCAGUAAAUGUUACAUGUGGAGUAAAGAAAGGGUCAACUGAAGGCCUCGGAGAAGUCCAGUUUUUUCCAGAAAAUAUCUUCAACUUGCGGUACUAUCCCUAUUAUGGGAAACUGAGACAUGUCAACUACUCUUCCCCGCUGGUGGCUGUGCGCUUUCCUAGUGUCCAGUAUGACACCCAACUUCACGUUCAAUGCAAACUAAAUGGCAAAGGCAUCAUCAACGAUUCACCAACUGACCGUUUCCUGGGUAGUGUGUCUUUCACUUUAGUAGUGGGUGCGUAGGGUGGCAGUAGACCUAGAGAAAUUGAAAUUAAACUUCUCAGAGUAUGUUAUAAUAAAUGAAAUAGCACACUGGGUGUUGUCGUUACCCAUUAGCCCUCUGAUUAUGCCUCCGGCAGCCACUGUGCUAUUCAUGUCAGAGCUGUGUUACUACACUACUUUUUCAAACAAGGAAUUUACCAGUAAGACUCAAAAGACUGAGAUUCAUAGAUCACAUUCAGCACCCAGCCGCUAGAGACUGACCUGCCUGGAUUUCAUUAUAGGAUAAAAUGAAAGUAUGAAAAGAUCUCCAAAUACAGUAAGUAGGUUGCAAUUAUAGCUAUUGAGGCAUAAUCACUCUACAGUGAGACGUAGGCAAAACAAUUCUUUAGAUCGGUGCAGACUGUAGAAUUAACAUCUAUUAAACCUUUUUGAUCAGUUCUUUUGCUAAGUCAGAUGUGUAUAUAACAAAUUAAAACACACAAAAUAUUUUUUUAUGAUUGUUCUGUUAAGUCGGUCUUCUUUAAAUUCCUCCUUUGGACGAAGAAAAAGGCAGCUUAACUGCGGCCCUUUAAACUGCUUAACAUUAUCCUUUUGCUUGCUCAUUUAAUUGAAUAACAAUCAGAUGUGGUUUAGAAUUAAUAAUUGAUUGUACAUUUUUGGACUAAAUUUUUUCUUUCUGGAAGUGCAACUAAAUUUUGAUUCCAGAGGCAAAUGUAUUUUACUGAAAUGUGGGACAGAAAUCCCAUUUCAUCAUUUUCACAGAGCUUCAUAAUGAAGUACUAGUUGAUCUUUCUUUUUCAAAGCAUGCAACCAACACUUCUUUAAAAUGAAAUCGAGUAUGUCACAAUUAAUCUCGGAGUGAAACUAUCUGCUCAGCUGCCUGUAAGGAGGAUUUCAACAGUAUUAUUUAUUAAUUGUAUUUGAAUAUAUUGACAUGGUACAAACAGUUACAAAGUGUAAUAGUGAGACGGAAAUUGGUAACUGCACAUCUUUGUUAUUCAGUAAAUGCAACGAAAUAUCCACUGGCUGACAAAGAUUUGCCAGCUUAUGUUUUAAACGCACUCAUGUUCUAGCAUAAACAAUAAAGAUGGAUGAGAAUUAACGGAAUCAAACCUUUCUGCUCAGUUUUCCAUUCUGUUUAAAAGUAACAAAUCAGUUGUGAUCUGCGUCAUAUUGUCUCUAAUGAUAAGUUGCUUGAGACGGUCACUUAGAAUAACUGACAAUGUAAAAAAAAAACAUCACUACAUUCAAACUUCAAUGCAGUUAUGUGCAUUCAGUAAUAGGCAUAAGUAUUAUGCAGGUCAAAGUGAGAUGCUUCUAGUGUUCCAGUAACAGAGGCAUAAUUUAUGACAACAGUAACUUUUAUAGCAACUGCUGACCUAAGUCCAUCAGUGGAAACUAGAGGUUAUAACUGUGAAAUCAUGUGAACUGUGUAAAACUAGUUGCUUAACACCUCAGGUCUAACGUGAAAUCAACAUGGCACUGAGAUUCUCAAAAAGAGGUCAGAGCAAGAAAACAAAGAGAGAGGAAGACCACUGUACAAUGCAAAAAAACCCCAACAUUUUAUUGAAUUUUUUCCCACUUUGAACCAACAUUCAAAGAAAUUGAACUAAAAGGCACACUAUAGUACAAUGAUAUUCUGUGUUUGUUUUAACAGCUAAAUCCUUUGGGGGUUUUUAUGAAAAAUAAAACGAUUGUCAAAUGAACUGGUUUGGACACAUUAGUAUUUUCACUACGCAGAGCAGAAUAUAAGACUGAAAAUACACAGGAACUUGUAGCUUUGGUCUUAGAAAUGGUGUAUUUUGUACAUUGUAUGCAUGUGUCCAGAGAAAUGACAAACUAAAUCCACAAACCCAUGUACUAACAAGCCUAUCGUAACACUUCCAACAUUCCCUGAGAGGGACCUAACGAAAUCAACAAAUUCUUCAUAUUCGAUGCUGGUAAAUGUCACAAAAAAAAAAAAUUAGUGUCCCUUUAUAAUACAAUAUGCAAAGUGCAAGAGUGUGACUUCUUAGCUCUGCUGAUUAAGAAAAUACGCCAGGAUACUUUUCACCCCUAAUUUUGCCAACAACUGAUUCUCGAGAGUACAAUUACAGAACUAAUUUAGCAUUUACAUUCAAUGGUUAAUAAACU